AUGGAAAACUUUUUCACGAAAAAAGUACAAAACGUGUUUGCAAUUUUGAAGAGAAACAACCAGGAGGAGGGAGACAAUUCCCAUGGCGAAACGAAAAAGAUUAAAUCUGAUGACGCGGGAGAAAAUGAUAAAAAAAAAAAUGCCUCUCCCAAAGUGCCUACAGAAAAGGACACGAAGAGAAAGCUCAACAAUGAUGCAACCGCCCGUACGGACAGAAAGGAAAACGUGUCCACAGAAGCAACAGAUAAUGAUCAUAGCUUAAUUAAAAAAAGGAAGUUAAUAAAGCUACACAACAAGGAAAAUGUCUACCUAAUUGAUAAUUUUAUCAAUAUAAAAAAAUCCAGUGAGAGUAAUUAUUCCAAUGGGAAGGACGUGAAAAAGAAGGGAACAUCCAUUCCAACGACGGGUACCUCUCCCACUAUUCUCAAUAAGGUCACAUUGAAUACCCCCAACAUUUGCAAUUUAUUUUCGAUCAAGAAGGACGAAAUUGACAAGAAAGGCAAGGUGCAGGAGACGAGGCUUAUUAACAGCAGUGCACAAAGUGAAGGUGAUCUUGAACAGACACCAGAAAAACAUUUGAAAGAACAAGCCGAAAUGGACAAUAGCCUCAAAAAGGGAAAGAAUACCAAUUUAAUUACCACGAUUAAUACAUGCACAAAGAAGGAGGAAGAAGAAGAAGAGGACGAAAAGGGAACAGUCGAGAAGAAAAAGAACCACCUGAAGGAAGAGCAGAAUGAUCAAGCCUUUUUAAGAAACAUCACCGAUAAAAAAAGUGAAAUGAAAAAACAAAAAACCAAUCAUGUCAUAAUAAACACAAAUAAUGCGAACCAAAAAGAUAAUUCACUUUCUGCUAAGGAUACCGGAGGGGAGAAAAAGUUUAACAGAAUUGAUGAAAUUUUUAAAAACCUCAUAGAGGAAAGUAAGAAAAAAGAGAAACAGUUAAGCAUUCCCGACAGUAGUAGAAGUACACCUUGUCAUGUAAACCAUAUUAACACCCCUCAUGGGGAUAGUGCCCUAAAUGAAAAUGAAAAGGUACAAAACUUGGAUGAUGAGUCUGAGUCUACAAAAAGGGUGGAUGAAUGUAACCCUAAUGGUAACGCCGUUAUAGGUAAUGCCAAAGGUAAAAUUAUGACGCAGGAAACGUUACAUGAAGAUGGCGAACCAGGUGAGCAAGGGCAAGAGGGACAAUCUCCCACCCAUGAAAUGAAGCUCCAAAGAGAAGAGCUACCCCAGUGGAACGGCAGUCAUGAUAGUUUGGCGGUGGCCAAAACGGACAGUCCCAUUCCCAGCCCAUGUAGCAGCGUGCUAAGUGGUACCGGAAGAAGUCUUCAUAGCCUCUCUGUCAGCCCUGAUAAGGAGGACAUCAAGUCCAUGGAUGAGAACCAACCCGAGGAACAGGUCCCCCUUUGUGGGGAUGACAAGAGCACCCCCCAAUCUGAGGGCGCGACUGUGGAAGAUCCCGCGUGCGAACCAAGCGAAACGGAUGAGGUAGACAUUUUGAAUAUAAAAUUCCCGCAGUUUGCAAUGAACCAAAGCAAAAAGCUAAUAAACGAAACAAAUGAAUUUUUCAACAUGUACGAUUUGGAACUUAAAGUCGAACAUUUGCCCAUGGUUAUCCCCAGUGAUUUAAAAUUAUUGAUGGAAAGAAAAAAAAAAAUUGUUUGCAUAAUUAGUGAUUAUAAAAAUGAGUUGAGACAGAGGAGCACUAAUUCCAGAAGGGAAGAAAAAAAGAAAAAGGGGAAGGAUGGACACGAAGGUCAAGUUCAAACGGUGGUGGAAGCAACAUCGUUGGGUGAAGUAACUUCGGAAAAACAGGAAAAUGAGGCUACCCCAGGGAAGUGCCUACCACACGAUAAUAAUAAUGAUAAUGAUAAUAAUGGUAAUAAUAAUGAUAAUAAUAAUAAUAAUAAUAAUGGUAAUGAUAAUGAUAAUAAUGAUAAUAAUAAUAACAAUAAUAAUAGUGGUAUCGUACGUGAGGAACUUGAAAUUGCACAUGAACCCACUGUGAGUCCGAAGACGGAGGAAGUAAAGCCCGAACUACCAAUGAUGGAAAAUAAGACCCCCGUUAAAAACUGCGAAACGGUGACUGAUCAAUGCGAUGUUGAGUUUGUUCCAGAAAGUAGGAAUCGUUCCUUCGCCAAAGGAACGGAAAAUCAUGUGCAAGACGGACUUAAUCAGGAAGAAGUGAAAAAGGGAAACAAGCAUCUGCAGGGAAGGAAAAAAAGAAAGGGCGAGGAGAAGAAACUUGAAACGGGGCCCACAUCGUACGAUAGCAUGAACUACCUGAGUGAUGACGAUAAGGAAAUGGUAGAGAGGGAGCACAGAAAUUUUUUGAACCUUCUGGAGAAGGUGAAUCGUGGGAACUGCGCCGGAGGGGUGGUCAACCAACCAAAUGAAGAGCAGCAAGGGGAGGAUACAAUUCAUAUGGACACCGCGCCGCAAGUGGAAAAAACAGAAGUAAGCAAGGAAGAAUUCAUCAAAAGCCUCAUGGAAGACCUAACCCAAAAUUGCAGUGAAGAAAAGAACUACGAGGAGCACAAGGAAAUAAAAGACGAAGAAACGAAAUUUCAAAAACUGAAAGAAUCCAUAACACGCAUAAAAAUGAUAGAAAAAAAAAUUGAUGUACUUCUUAGCAGUAGUGAGAACCUUUUUAAGUACACGAACAUGUACAGGCGUCGACAAAUUUUACAUGAAAAAAUGCUAACGAAUUGGAGUUAUGUACAGAAUUCAGUGAAUAAAAAAAACGAUGUAAGAAAUAGGAACCUUCCAUUUCAACUACUAGAACUGGAUAAAGAUUUGACGGAAAAUAUACCGAAAGUUUAUCACGACAUCUUGUUGGACGAAUUUGCAGGCAUCAUAAUUACGUUAAAUAUAAGCUCGUCCAAAACAACUGUGGAUGGAAAUUCAAUUCAUGUUCAGAAAAUUGUCUGUGGUUGUCUAAUUGAGUAUUUAGAUACUUCCGAAAUUAACAUCAAGUGUAUCUGGGCUCAUCCAUUUUUGAAUGCAAAAUCUACUUAUUACAUUUUAAGCGCAUUUUUGCCCAGAGUCAUUUUAGAGGCAUUCCUAAAUUAUAGGACACCAUCACAGAAGCAAGUUCUUCCCAAAGAGUUAGUGGAUUCUUCCGCUCUUGAGGUAGAGCACAAGGAAGAUGGGUCCCCCAAGCAGAUGAUCCAAACGAAAAAGAAGAAAAGCUUUUAUGAUAGGUUACAUCAACUUAAGGAGAAUGACACAAAUGAAGGGAAAACUAUGAAGAAAAAAAAUGAGAGGAAAAGGAUGGAUAAUAGUAACAUAGACGAAGAAGAUGCUUUUUUUAGCAAUUUCGCUAUUCAGCAGUACCCCGCAAUGUACUUUCUAAAUUUUAGUAAAGACUGUGCGGAGCUCCUACAAAAGUUCGAUAUGCACACUGUUGAAGCUGAUAGGAAGAAUGAAGAAGGGAGCAGACACUACAGUUAUCCUACCUGGGAGGAGGACCCCCCACAUGAGGAAGAUCUCCCUUGUGAAGAAGAUAGACAAGAUAGCGAAGCAGAAGGAAAAAACAAAUCAGGAGGAAACAAAUCAGAUAAGUUCCUACACAUCAUCUUUAGCGACAUUGAUAUUUUUCCCAGACAGUGCUACCUUAUCCUCUGCUCGUAUAAGUACAUGUGCUUAAAUAUGCAUUACGACACGGACUGCUAUUCUGUGCACUACGAUCUGAAUUUAAAAAAUAUUCAAAAGGAAAAUAUCGGGAAAAAUACCGAGUUGUCCAACGUGUGCCCCUGCACGUCUGUGAAAGACAUUUCCUCAGAUGCGGAAGACUCUUACGAUCGGAUUAUCGGAUGUAGCGAGCUGUACAUGUACUACAUGAUGCCGAAACGGGAAGAACGCGAAAAAUUGGGGUUGUUGGAAAGGAAUGGGUGGAGAGACUUAAUCCCAAACACCUUUAAUGAAGACAUAAGUGAAAAUAUUUCCAAAAUUGUUAAAACAAGAACCAGCGUAAGUAACCUGUAUGACCACAUUUCCAUACAGAACAAACAGAAUGAAAAGAAUUACACUACGGCAUAUAUAAAUAAAUACGAAUGGUGUGGAUUAAAAAUGAAGGACAUUCGAAACAUGAUGAAUGAGGACUUUAAUUAUGAGUCGCCCAAGAAGAAGUAA